UGCUCUCUGUAUCCACAAGACCCACUGGGCAGCUUACACGCCGCAGUCCUCUUAUCGCAACGAAACACCUCUUAUUACUAAAUAACUUGAGUAACAGGAUUUUAAAGUUUGGGAGUGAGAAAGUGGAUGAGGAGGACGUGGAAGUGCACGUGGAGGAGGACCCGGUAAACAAAAACGAUCAAUGUCGUCUUCCUUCGAUUCCGGGAUCCUACUCAGUGAGGGCGGCGGUGCUAGCUCCUUGGAUGUUGACUCACCGACACGCGGAUUUCCAGGUAGACCCGGUGGUUACCAUGCGAUGUCGACGCCGAGCCCGAGACUUCGACAUUACAGGACAAUGACGGCCAUCUGUUUCGUGUGUAACCUCCCGAUACUGAGCCAUCAAGUCGGCUUAGUGUGGCAGGGAGGAAAUGGCUGGGAUGAUCUUAUGCGCGAACAGGUCGAGGAAUUGACUUUGAAGCAUCGACUAGGAACAGGAAGAAGAGACUCAGCAGCCCAAAUCGGAGCGCCACUAUCUCCACCGAACGAAACCCAAGAAUGUUCCCCGACCCACCAUGGCCGUCGCCGUCGCUCGAGUCUUGCGGACAUUUUGCGAGACUGGAGCAGCGGAGGGAGCUCGAACAAGAACAAAUCGGGCAACAAGCUCUGUCGGCGAGAAACCCUGGCAGACAUCGCGAAAUCCUUGCCCUGGUCCCGUCAGCAAACCACCGAUGGGCACGCUGCGAGUAUGAGAAAGCGUCGCGAAAGCUCGGUCGACAGCGGGAUCAAAAGCUCGGUCACCGGCAAGUCCAGGAGAGACUCGGCUAUAAGUGAUCUCAAAAAUGACUUCGCGAAACUUUGGAAUAAGAAAGAGCAGCCCCAGCAGCCCACUGUUAUUUCUCCGACUCCGACUGGACGUCGAGGAUCCAGCGAGUCGAGAUACUCGCGGAGAGGCUCCGGGGAAAGCGCGAGGACGAGGCGGGAUAGUGUUGUCGGCGGUCCGGCUGGGGAACGCAAGCAUCAGUGUCGUCAUCACAAACGCAAACAAUCACAGCAAUCUCAGAUUUCCCUUGAUGCCGGAGCUAUUACACCAACCAAGUACUAUCGGAUGGAUCAGAGGCCCAGCGCUUCUAGCACUGACAGCUCUGCUUCUGCUGCUGUUAGAGAACACUUAGAAGCCCAAAGAAGCUUGUCAGAGCGGCAAGAAUCAAAGAACUUCCUAACGCCGGAAACGAAAUCCUUCGGGACUGACCCGAAGCCGCCGUCGAUGGAGAACAUUAAAGCGGAGAAAAACUACCUGACUUUAGAGCCGGGAAUGAACACACCAACGAUAAUAAUGUCAUCUACGACGCCUCCGUCAAUAUCGCCCACUCUAAACAACUUGCCGCUGCCCGGAGCCUCGAUGUCCGGCGGACUGAGUCCCGUGGGCUCCCCCAGCGUCCACAACACGCCCAGCCACCCUCUUCUGACGACCCGCCGCGACUCGACGACCCAGUGCUACUACGGCAAGGGGAAGGAGGUCUCCUCGAGCAAGCUGUCAAGAUUGACGCGUCAGGCCGCCACGAUUGACGAGUCGCCCUCGGGGCGACGCAGCAGCCAGCCCACGCUCUCGCCCGAUCCGGAUGACGGAGGACGCAAAGCGAGAAGAGACUCGCUCAGUCCGGACUCGGCAUCUUACUCCAGGCGAAGGGACUCCAAAAGUCAUCUGAGUCCUGACAGAAAUACUGCUGAGAAAAGAGACUUUAGUCCUAAUAGACAAAGAAGACCUUCUAGAUUACGCAGACAAUCAACUACUAUUAUUGGACGGCCUGCUAGAUCACCAGACAGUUCAUCAUGCUCCUCAAGAGACCCGAGUCCUUGCGCUCGAGGUCUUGGGAGCAUCCAACACGCGCCAAUUAUCCGCCGACAAUCUACCACAGAAGAAAUUCUAAUGUCCCGGGGAUUCAGGCGCCAAAGUACCACCGAGGAAAUGAUAAGGUGCCGUAAUUUCCGCAGACAGAGUUCUCAAAGUGACGACACUGUACAACGUUACCGCGGCCGAAGAGACAGCUCAGCUCAAAUAACCGACGGAACCUUCCAAUCGAUGACGGUCGAAACAUCGAGUACCUUUUUUGACAGCGGCACGCAAACAGAACCGUCGCCGCCUUACGACAACAAUCACUAUCACGAGGAGUGUCUGAGAUGUAACAGCUGUGGCCUCAAUCUCACGGGACCCAAUCAGAAGAGAGCGAGACGGUUCAAAAAUCAAAUUCUCUGCGACCUGCACUUCGCGGACGUCGCGCUGAUGGAGUGCUCGGACUUCAUGCAGCAAUUGCGCAGCUUUAAGCCUCAAAGUUUGGGCUGCGCAGUGGCCAGGCGAAAGUCUUCAACGACCCUCAUUUUCCCUCUUCCGCCUCAGGCCUGCUCAGAUGAGUUCUGUAAAGAAUUUCCCCACAAUCUAAUCCCGACCCCAGGAUAUUGGAUCGAGUGCUCGCGGCCGCAAAUAACAUCGGACACAAUUUGGGACGAGAGCGAGAGCGACCGUGAUUUCACGGAUCCCGAGCAAGUUGAUGAGCAAGCGGAGCUUUCAAUGAUGAACAAGCGCCGAGACCUGUGUCUGUUUGAGGAGAACGAGCUCGAGGACGAGGAUGUUCCCCGGAAGAAGACGACCAUCGAGGAGCAGUGGGAGAAGAACCAGGGCUUCGAGCUGACCUCGGUCGAGCAGGAGACCUACGAGAAGUACUUCUACGGGUCCGAGCACUGGAACUACUUCACCAACGACGAGGACCUGGGCCCUGUGAUCCUCAGCAUCAAGCAGGAGACCAUUAGCGGGCGCGAUCAGUUCAGGAUUCUUGUUAGAGCUAUUAGUUACACCGUUCACGGGCUCAUCCCUGCCAGCUGCGUUUUUGCUGAUAGAUAUAACCGCGAAGAAGUAGUAAAAAGCCUGGGUAAAGAAGUGAACAUAAAUCCUGCAUUGACUCUGGGACAGUUGCCAGAUACUCCGGAGGAGCUGCUGAAGCUGGAUCAAGUGUUCAUAAAGUCCGAGCUUAAAGUCGGAGUGAUAUAUGUGCAAGAGGGCCAGUACACGGAGGAAGAGAUACUCGACAACAACGACAGCUCCCCUUUUUUCGAGGAGUUCCUCCAGAUUCUCGGGGACAAGAUCCGGCUGAAGGGCUUCGACAAGUACAAAGGCGGUCUCGACACCGUCCAUGACCUCACCGGUCUCUACUCGGUCUACACUAACUGGCGUAACAUCGAGAUCAUGUUCCACGUGUCUACUCUACUGCCUUACGAAAAACACGAUCCUCAAAAGCUUCAAAGGAAGCGACACAUCGGCAACGAUAUCGUCUGCGUGGUGUUCCUUGAGGCGGACAAUACACAAUUCAGCCCCGCUUGUAUAAAAUCUCAUUUCCUCCACACUUUUAUCAUCGUGCGUGUCAGUCCGAGGAUAAAGAGGAAAAUUACGAGAUACGAGGUCUCUGUUGUCACCCGAGAUGAAGUCGGCGCUUACAAACCCUAUUUGUGGGAGCAAAGUGUCUUUGAGAAAGGUCAAAUGUUCCGCGAAUGGAUCUUAACAAAAAUAGUAAACGGAGAGCGCGCAAGUUACUCAGCUCCGAAAUUCGCGCGAAUGCAAGAGCGAACCCGAAGCCAGAUGCUCGAGGACAUAGUAGCGAAUCUAGCGAACCACGCGGAAACCGGGCAAAUUCCUAAGCCUUACCGGCGAGGAUCCUGGCGACCUAUCGGCCACAUGAGGCCGUCCUCGCCGCUCCUGGACUCGGUGAGAGACCAGUUCGAGGACUACGACCAGCUGGCUAAAGAUUUCACGAGAGUCUUCCUAAACAAUGCGGAUAACAUCCAGUUACACGCGAACCUCUUCGACGUUGCUUUUCUAGUUCCCGGGCAGCAGAAGCAGAAAGUGAGGUUUAUUGGUGUGCGCGCGAUCCUUGGAGUUCGCAGCAGGGUAUUCCAAGAAAUGCUGUACGGAAUCCAAACCGGGUUUGGCAGUCCUCAAGUCCCCGUCGCGGAGCUACUGGCGAGACCUGCGCCAACUUUGCUCAGUCCACAGAAACCAAAGAGCUCAAACUUUCUACAAGUUCCUGACAUUGAAAGCCCUAGGCCCAAAAGUGUGCCUUCGUCGCCGAUGGUAAAGAGAGCGUUUUCGAGGCUCGGGACCAUCACCGCCGGCUGGGGGAGGAGUAUAAGGAAGCACGGGAGCAAUACGUUACAAGUUGAGGACAGAAAAAGGUGGACUUCUUCUCAAGACUGCAGUAACAAAGAAGCAAAAGAAAAGGAAAAAGCUGCCCAGUCACUAGCAGUUCCUCGACUGAGUGUUUGUGCUGACGCGCAGAAAGUCGACCGUGCUAAAUUGGCUCAAACUGAAUUUGACAUAAUCGAGUUCGACCCCGAAACUUUUGGAAUUUUGUUAGACUACUUGCACACGGGGUCUUGCCCUUUGACCUGCAGCAACAUCCCAGGAUUAAUUUGCGCCGCAGAGCACUACGACCUUCCAGACUUGCUUCAAGCGUGUUUCCACCAUGCGAAGCAGUUCCUUAGGAUUGAAAUAGUCUGCGUAAUGCUCUGCGCCCUGGAGAACUACUACUGGCGCUACACUUCCGCCUCGGAGCUGGUGAACAUGAUCCUCGCGUUCGUGGAGACUCGGGCGUACCAACUCUUCCAGAGCCCCCAUUUUCUCACUCUCAGCGAGAGCAUGGUCCAGACAAUAAUGUGUCGCGGGUUAGAAGUCGUUGAAAUUAAAAAGUUCGAGGCAAUGCUCAGUUGGGCCAAGCACAGAAUUAAAACCAAGUCCUCUAAAGUCGACGCUAAGCAUGAAUUUAAAUGUAUCAUGGAGAGACUCAGCAAGGACUUGAAGUUAUACCGAAUAACUCCCCAGGAAUUAAUUAGGAUUGUUCUUCCAUCAAAAGCGAUAAAAAACGAACGGAUACUAGAGACUCUAAUGUACCAAGCAAACUCCGGAAUUUACCGAAAUGUCGACACUUACUUAGAAGACUACCAGAAGAGGAUACAAAAUCAAGAGAGUUUUGACUACGGAAUUUAAAAUUACAUUAACAAAUAAAUAAUUAUUAAUUGAAGGAUAGUUUUAUUAAUAAUUAUUUAUUUGUUAUUGCUGUUAUUAUUAUUAUGUAAAACGUCAAACGCACACUAAACAUAUCGAGUAUCCUCGUUGAAAAUAAUCAUUGGAUAUCGUUAUAUUUUAUAAGAAAUUGAUCAAAAUUGUAAUUCAAGUUUUUCGUAUACUCAAUACUCAAUUUACAAGCUAGUAUUUUUACUCAUUCGUUAGUUUUAAUUUUAUUGUUAAUAAAAAAAUUAUUUUAACCCUUGAAAACUUGAAUUAU